GCCGAGCGCUACGUGUGACUCCCCGUAUACCACCUAUUUUCAUGUGUAUACGUAUGUACACGUAAGACCAGCGCUUCCUACGCGGAUAUAAAGCAUCUAAAUAUAGGAGAGAAGGCUUUUAAAAGUCGCUCGUUACACGCGUAAAGCCGUCGUCGAGAAAAGGACUCGCCAAGUCGUAAAUAAUAUAAUUUAAUUGUUGUUGGUUGUACGUGCGAUGAUGUGGUCAACGGCACGCGUUUUACGAUUAUUAAUCCUUUUUAUUUUCUCGGUACCAUGCAUGCGUCGUUCGCUAUAUGAUAUUCCAGGUGGUGAUUCGUUAAGCCGCGGUUAAAAAUAAUAGGCGUAUGUGUCGAAAAAACGAACGGAACCCCUGUGCAACGGCUGCGAGUUUUUGAAUCUCCCCUUUCCCUCCCCUCUCGUGCCCUACUCAGAAUUCGUUGUACGGUGUUUUCUCGUUAUCCAGCGAAACAAUCGGUUCGACCGCGGCCGGUUUAUGCCACACGUUCCAACUGGAGGACCUUGUCCACGACGACGACGUGCGGUGAUCGCCGCCGCCGUCGCCGCCACCGUGUGUGGAAUUGAAACUGAUCAUCAUUUACAGCCUUGACCCGGUUACACGCAGUUUUAGAGAGAGAGAAAAAAAAGCGACAGUGAACAACCGCCGUCGACGUCGUUCCGUAGAGCACGCGCGCACUGCAUCGCAGCCGGUUCGUAUACAUGCACGUACGCGUUUUCCUGACCGCAACGACCGUAAGUGACCGUGUUGUACAGCGUUCGUCGCGUUUCGUCGCACCAAACGACCUAUAAUACUUUUAAACGCGCUCCGUUGACCGCGUGUUAUCCCUUCGGUUACGUCCUUCCACCCCGACGUUGCCGCGGAAGCGCUCAAGAUGAGCACCUCCGUGAUGAACAGGUUGCGGGACCUGGAACGCGAGCUGGCGCGCCGCAUGUCCGAGUCCAGGAAGAAGGAUGAGUACAUCGCUCGACUGGAGCACCGGCUGGACGAGCGCGACGCUAGCGUGCGGCACCUGCGCAACGAGAUCGACAAGUUCCAGCAGGUGGUCCGGCCGCUCACGCAGCACAUCAUGGCUAUGCAGAUGGCCGACGAUUAUCUGGAGCACAGCGCCGGUUGCUGCAACGGCAGAGGUGGCCACCAUCAUGGGUUCGUCGGUCCCGCCGCGUCGUCAUUCAAGGGCCGUCCCACCCGGCAAGCCAUCUCGGCCGAACCGCUCAGGACCACGGACCCGUUGCCCAUCGUCAAGGUUCCCAAGUCCACAAAGUCUAGAGAAUUGAUCAAAGGUGCUAUUUUGGAUAACGACUUUAUGAAAAACUUGGAAUCAACACAGAUCAGAGAAAUAGUGGACUGUAUGUAUCCCGUUGAGUAUGCUGCCGACAGUGUUAUUAUUAAAGAAGGAGAUGUAGGCAGCAUUGUAUAUGUUAUGGAAGAGGGCCGAGUGGAGGUGAGCAGAGAAAACAAGUAUCUAAGUACCAUGACCUCUGGAAAAGUUUUUGGAGAACUGGCUAUUUUAUAUAACUGCAAGCGUACUGCUACUAUUAAAGCCGCUACGGACUGUAAACUAUGGGCGAUCGAACGACAAUGUUUCCAGACCAUCAUGAUGAGGACUGGUCUCAUAAGACAAACAGAAUACACUGAUUUCCUCAAAAGUGUUCCGAUAUUCAAAGACCUACCUGAAGAGACGCUAAUAAAGAUUUCAGAUGUUUUGUAUGAGACCUCAUAUAGUGCCGGAGACUACAUAAUAAGACAAGGAGCCAGGGGUGAUACGUUCUUCAUAAUCAACAAAGGAAAGGUAAAAGUUACCAUUAAACAAUCCAACAGCACCGAAGAAAAGUACAUCCGGACCCUGCAAAAAGGCGACUUCUUUGGCGAGAAAGCCCUACAAGGAGAGGAUUUACGAACUGCUAACAUAAUCGCGUGCGAUCCUGACGGCGUGUCUUGUUUGGUGAUUGAUCGAGAAACAUUCAAUCAACUAAUUUCUGGACUGGACGAAAUACGCACUAGAUACAAAGAUGAUGACGUUGCGGGACGAAUAAGCUCAACAAACAAGGAGUUCCAAAAUUUGAAACUUUCCGACCUUCAAGUCUUGGCUACAUUAGGCGUUGGUGGUUUCGGUCGCGUGGAACUUGUCCAAGUCAACAACGACACUUCCAAAUCGUAUGCUUUAAAACAAAUGAAAAAAAGUCAAAUUGUCGAGACAAGACAACAACAACACAUUAUGUCCGAAAAAGAAAUUAUGGGUGAAGCUAAUUGUGAUUUCAUUGUUAAACUUUACAAGACAUUUAAAGACCAAAAAUACCUUUAUAUGCUCAUGGAGUCUUGUCUUGGCGGAGAACUGUGGACUAUAUUGAGAGACAAAGGACAUUUUGAUGAUUCUACCACCCGUUUCUACACUGGUUGUGUUGUUGAAGCAUUUGACUAUUUACAUUCUCGCAAUAUAAUAUAUCGAGAUCUGAAACCUGAAAAUCUUCUAUUGGACAUCACUGGUUAUGUAAAAUUGGUUGAUUUUGGUUUUGCCAAAAAACUACAAAAUGGAAGAAAAACUUGGACCUUCUGUGGAACACCAGAAUAUGUUGCACCAGAAGUUAUUCUCAACAGGGGUCAUGAUAUAAGUGCUGAUUACUGGUCCUUAGGAGUACUUAUGUUUGAACUACUUACCGGCACACCACCAUUUACUGGAGCUGAUCCAAUGAAAACUUAUAACAUAAUUCUCAAAGGUAUUGAUGCGAUAGAAUUCCCAAGAAACAUCACGAGAAAUGCUAGAGUUUUAAUUAAAAAACUAUGCAGGGAUAACCCAGCUGAGCGAUUAACUGAAGUUCAAAAACACAAGUGGUUUGAUGGUUUCAACUGGGAAGGAUUACGUACUCGGACCCUUACACCUCCUAUCUUGCCAGUUGUGCGUAGUGCUAUUGAUACAAGCAAUUUUGAUAAUUAUCCGCCUGAUGCAGACAGCCCACCACCCGAUGAUAAUUCUGGUUGGGACAGCAAUUUUUAA